UGAUUGAGUUUCAAGUUUGUUUAUCUUUUUUGCUCAUGGUGAUUGUUUCAAUUUCUCGGUGAAUUUUUCUAAAUUUUUUACUCUUUGUACAUUCAGUUGAUUGUAAACAGUUGAAUUAUCCCUCACCAUGGCUUGUAAGGUUGGUCGUUUGGUCAGUAAAGAUACUGCUCUGUUUAUCUGUGAUAUUCAAGAAAAGUUCCGAAACAUGAUUCAAUUUUUCCCUGGAAUUGUUGAGGUUUCAUCUCGACUAUUAAAAGCUGCUAAAAUAUUAGAUUUACCUGUCGUUGUGACUGAACAAUAUCCUAAAGGUUUGGGAAACACUGUCUCGGAAAUUGGUCUAGCUGAUUAUCCGGAUAUCAGGCCAAUCACUAAAACUCAAUUUUCCAUGAUGGUUCCUGAAGUUGUUGAUUUGCUAACCAAACAGCAUUCAAAUGUUAAAUCUGUUAUUCUUGUUGGUAUUGAGGCUCAUGUUUGUGUUCAAGGAACUUGUCUUAAUCUUUUGGAGAAAGGAUUAGAUGUUCAUGUCGUUGUUGAUGGAGUUUCUUCAAGAUCAAAUGUUGAUCGGAUGUUUGCCUUGGACCGAAUGAAAUCAGCUGGAGCUUGGCUGACCACCAGUGAAUCAGCAAUUCUAGGACUUGUCGGUGAUGCAUCUCACCCAAAUUUCAAACAAUGUCAGAAAUUAAUCCUUAAUCAACCACCAGACACUGGAUUAAGUAGUUUGUUCUCAUCGAGAGUUUAAAGUUACAAGUCACAAAUUUGACAUCUCAUCAAUUGAUGUCAAUUAAACUUGGAAAACAAAUCAAAUCAUCCAGAUUGCCAUUCAAUAGAAACAAGAAAACUAUUUCUCCAUCUUAAUUGUUAUCUAAUCAAGAAUUUAAGUAUAUUUGUAAUUGUUUACACUGUUUUACAGAAAAACAAUUACAACUUUUGUUAAUUAUUAUCUGUAGUUUAAAAUUAAUGGGGUUUAAAUUUUUGUUAUAAUUAGUUAUAUUUUAUCAAAUAAAAAGGUCAACUCUCUUU